AAACUUUGGCGCUAGUAUACGUGCCGACUGCCGACGUCAAAAAUCCUCAAAUGUAAACAAAUUAAAGUGCUCCAGAAACAAGUAAUUUUCCCUACAAGUUCUUCCUAAUUUCAAGGAAAUCAUGUCAAUCUGGAAUAUUUGUGCAAAGUGUCAGCAAAAUGUGGUGGAUACGGAGUGUUUAAAGUGCAAGAGAUGUGACAAAAGCACCCACAAAGUUUGCCUGUCUUAUGGUACUCCGGGAGAUUUGCACGGGGAUGUGUUCUUCGACAUGGUUUGCUCUCAGUGCAAUUUUUCCAGUGGCAGGGAAAUUUUUGCACGAAGGAAACUACCCUGGAUCAUGGUUGUGAUUCUGGUGAUCUACAAUCUCUCCAUAAAGUCUCCAGGAUUAGGGAAUCAUGGAUAUUACCACUACAAAAUUCACAUUUCGAAUUUUGUCUACAAGUACUGGACACAUCUCUUUGCUCCGGAAUUCAAACGCAAGAAAAAUUGGAUUGGAAGUAUUGCUGGAACUUUGUCACAUUUCAAUCGUGUGUAUUUUCUGUCCGGAUCUGAGGAAUUGGGCAGCAAUGGCUGGUGGAAGUUGAUUAGAAAUGAGACUCCUCUCUCAUACUUCAAUCAAUAUGAGGAAUCUCAGAAAAUGAGACAGUCUUUUAUGAGAAGGGCUGCUGGUACAUUUAGUACAGCUGAAGUUCCUCCGGAACUUGUCCAGGAACAGAGAGAGCCUCCCAUUAGUGUUAAAAGGGAGGAGGAUAGUGAAGAAGAGGUUGAAGUAAUUCCGCUGAAGAAGAUUAAGAUUGAAGAAAGUUCAAUUGAAGAACUUUUGGCAUCUUUUACUGACAAUAUUUCAGCAGAAGAUAUUCCUGAUAUUGCCUCGGCUGGAGAGGAAUUUAUUUUCAGUUGGGAUGAUAUCCCACAAAAUAUCAAGGAAGAUUGCAAUUUUGCUGAAGAAGAAGAUUCAGAAAGGUCAGAAGUGGUAGAGGCUGUUAAAGAAGAAGAUGAAAGUUCAGAUGAAAGUGACAAUGAAAUCCCUACCAAAGAGGAUAAGUAUCCAUAUGUAGCCUCUAAGAGCCUAUUCAGGACCUCGUCCAAGUCAAGGACAUCCUUUCUAGAGGAAGAUAAUUGCUCAUUGCCAAAAACAAACACUGAGAUGAUGGGUGAAUAUGAAGAAGGGGAAUUACUGAAGAAGCUCAGGGAUAUUGUGGCCAAAAAGCCUAUUGAGGAGAUUCCAGAAGAAAUCAGAAGGUAUUACAGGAAGUUGUCUGUGCGAGAGGUAAAGAGAAAACUCCUCCAGCCACUUCACAAUAUCGAUACCCUUCCACAGGGUAAAGAUGCCAAGAAGCGAGAAAUCAUAUUGGACAGAUUCCAUCAGUUGACUUGCAGUGUAAAAAUGUCCGAGGAUGAGGACGUUAAGUUCUCUUCACGGUUGGUUGGAAAAGUCCAGCAAGAACUCUUCCAAUCUCCUUAUAGUGGAAGAAUCCUUCAGCCUUACGUGUACAGAGAUUCCGUUUCCAUGCCUCAGUGGGUCAAAAUGAUGUGUGAGCUUCAGUUUACGGUGAAUGACGGUGAAAUUCCUUCCCGGGCGCCCAUUGACUACUGCUACGUUCGGCCUCAUCACAUUCCUGCAGUAAAUUCGCUGCUACAGCGACUGUUCUGGCCAGGAAUAGACAUGUCCGAAUGCUUAAUGUAUCCGGAUUUUAGUGUGGUAGCUCUGUACAAACGAUUGAUCAUUGGCUGUGCCUUCCUCGUGCCCGAUGUUGGUCACAAUGAAGCUUAUAUCAGUUUCAUGGCUGUUCGUCCGGGUUGGCAAAAAGCUGGAAUUGGAUCAUUUAUGCUUUACCAUCUGACCCAGACAUGUUCAGAGAAGGAUAUCACACUUCACGUAUCCGCUACGAAUUCAGCUGUAUUCCUAUAUCAGAAAUUUGGCUUUAAGAUCGAAGAGAUGAUUCUCGAUUUCUACGACAAAUACCUUCCGUGGGAAUCUACGGACAGUCGCCAUGCUUUCUUUUUGCGCCUGAAACGCUGAGAGAAACUUUUGGAGGAAGGAUCGGCUGCUGAGAGAGAGAGAGGAGAUUGUGGGCGGGAGUGUGCCGUGGGGAAAUAUAGACGUGGAGGACAGGCGUUUGGAAGUAGGUGGAGGUCAGAGACGAGAGUUUGAAGAUAUAGAGAGAAGAAUAAAGAGAUGGGGAAGGACUACUAUAGGAUUUUGGGCAUUCAACGUGGAGCGACAGAUGAGGACAUUAAGAAGGCGUAUAGGAAAUUGGCGCUAAAAUAUCAUCCGGACAAGAAUAAAACACCUGGCGCUGAGGAUAGAUUCAAGGAAGUUGCAGAGGCGUAUGAAGUGCUGUCGGACAAGAAGAAGC